AUGUCUGCAGCAGAAUUGAUAUUAUUACAAAAUUCUAUAGGACAGUUAAUUUCGAUAAAUUCAUUUUUAUCAACAACUAAAAGUCGUCAUUUAGCUCUAUUCUUUUUGAGUGAUCCAGAACUUGCUGGGGAGAAACCUUUUGCUGAUAUCACUAGUAGAAGUUGUUUUUUCAAUGAAGAAGAAGUUCUUAUUAUGUUUGGUUCAAUAUUUCAAAUUGUAAAUAUUGUUCGUGAAAUAAAUGAAAUUCCGAUUGUUAAAAUAGAAUUGUGCACAAAUGAUAACAAAGCUUUUAGUACAAUAUUAGAGCAUUUAAAAAAUGAAUAUGCUGGAGAUGAUGGUGAAACAGAUUUUAUUUAUGUUGGUCAAGAUAUUCGUCAAAUGGGAUGCUCAAGUACAGCUGAAAAAUAUUUUCAUCGUUAUCUAAGUUCAUUAGGUAAUGAAGAUAUUUAUUUAAGUACUUAUUAUUACAACCUUGCUGUGGUGGCCAAUAACAAGGGUGAUUAUCAUUUAAGUCUUGAUCUUCAUCUCAAAUCUCUUCAAAUUAGAAUACGAACUUUAGAACCUAAUCAUCUUAAUCUUGCAGAGAGUUACAAUGGUUAA